AUUAGCGCCCCAGCAUCGUGAAUCGGGGCUCCUCCAGGCCGAGAGGGGGCGCGAGGCCCGAGCUCCGGCUCCAGCUCCGGCCUGGGACGAGUCUCUUAUCCCGCUCUCCCGGCCCACCCUUGGCCGCGCUCUGUGGACCCUUCUCUCUUCUUCUCUUUCCCCUCCCCCGCUCGGUGACUCUUCAUUCCGUUCCUGGCCCCGCCCCCGUUGCCCCUGGCGGCUCUUUGUUGACUUCCGGGAACUAGGGCCCGCGCUCCCCCGCUGAUGCCCGGAGCCGCGCCAUGGGGACCGUGGGGGCCGCCGAGGAGGAGGACGGGGCGCAGCCUUAGACCGUGCCGAGCCGCCCCCGACAUGGGGGAGCCCGAGGAGCUGGUGCCCGAUUCAGGUGCUGUUUUCACGUUUGGAAAAAGCAAGUUUGCAGAAAAUAUUCCCAGCAAGUUCUGGUUAAAAAAUGAUAUACCUGCAUAUCUAUCAUGUGGAGAUGAACAUACUGCUCUUAUAACAGGAAAUAGUAAACUAUACAUGUUUGGCAGCAACAACUGGGGCCAGUUAGGAUUAGGAUCAAAGACAACAGUCAACAAGCCAACUUGUGUAAAAGCUUUAAAACCGGAAAAAGUAAAAAUUGCUGCAUGUGGAAGGAAUCAUACCUUGGUAUACACAGAAGAAGGAAAGGUCUAUGCAGCUGGAGGUAAUAGUGAAGGGCAGUUGGGACUUGGUGACACUGAAGAGAGAACUACUUUUCAGCUAGUCAGCUUUUUUACAGCGCAGCACAAGAUAAAACAGCUCUCCGCUGGAUCCAACACUUCAGCUGCACUAACUGAGGAUGGGGUCCUUUUUAUGUGGGGUGACAAUUCUGAAGGGCAAAUUGGUCUAGCAGAGGAAGCCAAUGUGUGUGUCCCUUCUGAAGUGACCAUUGGAAAACCUAUCUCCUGGAUAUCUUGUGGAUAUUAUCAUUCAGCCUUUGUAACUACAGAGGGUGAACUCUAUACAUUUGGAGAACCAGAGAAUGGAAAGUUAGGUCUGUCACCCGAGCAACUGAAAAAUCAUAGAAUUCCUCAGUUGGUUCUUGGAAUUCCUGGGAAGGUGAAUCAAGUGGCUUGUGGUGGAGGGCAUACAGUAGCUUUAACAGAGGAAGAAGUAUAUACAUUUGGUCUUGGACAGUUUGGUCAAUUAGGUCUUGGCACUUUUAUUUUUGAAACCUCAGAACCAAAGGUUGUUAAACAUCUUCAGAAUCAGAAAAUACAAUAUAUUGCAUGUGGGGAAAACCAUACAGCUCUAAUAUCAGAUACAGGCCAUAUGUAUACAUUUGGAGAUGGUCGACAUGGAAAAUUAGGACUUGGACAGGAAAAUUUUACUAAUCAAUUUGUACCUACGUUGUGCUCUAAUUUUUUGAAAUUUAUAGUCCGUCUGGUUGCUUGUGGUGGAUGCCACAUGUUAGUUUUUGCUAUUCCAAGGCUCAACAAAUCUGAAGAAAUUAUAGAAGAAAAAGUAAAUGAUACUGUCUUGACAGUAAUUUCUUCUGCUGGUGAUGAGCAGUCUUCUGGAAACACCUUGCAGAGAUCAUUAUCAGCAAGGUCACGGAGAAGAGAAAGGGAAAACUCACCAGAACAGCUUGGUCGAAUGAUAAGAACACUGCCUCCUUUGGAAGUUCCCUUUAAAUCACCAGUACAUACUCCCAGCAGUACAACUCCCCUUAAACACCCUGUAACCAACCAACCUGAUACAAAUACAAGUAAUGAAAAUGACAGCCUAAAACUAACAGAAGCAGAUGAACCAAUUGAAGGAAAAGAAAAAAAUAAUUCUUCAGCAGAAGAAUCAGAGCCUGAAAAUGAGCAAAAAAGUCUUGGAGAUACUACUGAUAUUCUAAAUAUGACACAUGUGAUGAGCCUGAAUGUGAAUGAUCAAUCUUUAAAAUUAUCACCAAUUCAAAAACAAAAGAAUCUUGAAACAACCAAGAAACAGAAGAAACAUACAUCUUUUACUGAAAACAAUUCUAAGACUGAAUGUGAAAAAGUUAGUGGAGAUGAAGAGAUGUCAGAAACAAGGAAAGAGAGGCAGACACAGGAUGAGUCUUUGGAGAAGGAGAUAUCUAUAAACCAAGAAACAGUAGAUAAUAAGUCACUUUUAUCUGAGUCCAUAAAUAGUGACACAGUUCAAAUUAUACCACAAGAAAAACCUGUUGAAGAGAUUCCAAAGGAAACAGACGAAGAGAUUCUUAAAAGAGAAGAGUUAUUAAAUAACAGUGAGAUCUGGAGGGAGCAAGGAGUAGAGGAGGAAAAGGAGGAAGGAAGUAGUCUGAAGAAUUUAGAAACAAUAGAAAUAGCUUCUGACAAUGAAACAGAGCAUGAGAGAAGUCAGCAACUAGAAAUAGAAGAUCUGAAGGAUGAAAGGAAGGAAGGAAAGGAUUUAGAAAAUAACGAUAAUAAAUCUUCUGAUGGCUCACAGGCACAAGACAAAAAGGAAGAACUUCUUCAGACUCAACCUAGUGAAAUUAAAGAUGAAGAAAAUGAAGGUCUUAUUGAAGAAUGUAAAAAUCAGAAACAAGAUAAAAGCUCUGACAAUGAAAAAGAAACUUUAGAAGAGUCAGAAAAUAACAAGGAGUGUGAAAAUUCUAGUGAACAGUAUGUAGUUGAGAUUGUUGAGGAAUCCCAGCCAAAUAAUGAAUGCUCUAAUGAAGAAAAAGAAGAUAGUGGAAAGGUAGAUGAUCAGCUGUGUAAUCUAAAAGGUGAUGAGCAAGAGAAAGAGGAACAGGCUGAAGAGAAAGAAAUAGAAGUAAAUGCCAAAUGUGAUAAUAGUAAUGACCAAGUGAUAGAGACACAGGAAAAGGAAAAGAUGGUGAUGGGAGGAGGGGCAGAAGAGGAAGAGACAGAGGUAGAGGAGGAAGAGGAGCAUGAAGAAGGUUUGGUUUCCCUAGAUGAAGAAAAUAUGGAUAUGAAUGAAGUAGAAGAGGAAGAAGCAGAACAAGAAACAGGUGAAGGAGAGGAAAAUGCAGAGGAUCAAGAGGAUUCAGAUGAAGAAACGGAACCAUUGGAAACAGAUGAAGGAGACACAGAAGCUAAUAAUGAACCGUCAGAUGAAGAGAGGAGAGAAAUGCAAAAGACAGAUGAGGAUAGCAGAUCAGAGAGCCACAACCAAACCGAAACAGAAGAAAGCAAUGAAACCAUGGUCGAAACCAUUGGAAAGGAAGAAAAACUUGAAUAUGAACCAGCCUUUCAAGGAUGCAAUGAAAAUCAAAAAGGAAACACAAAUGAACGCAUGCCAGGCAAUACAGAUGUCCCAGAAUAUUAUAUUGUAGCACCAAAUAGACUACUUAAAAAAUCAAGAACGGUUUCUCUUUUUAAGAGGAAGUCAGUGUCAAGUCAGAAAAAUGUACAGAGUAUUUUUGAAACGAGGCCUAUUUCUGAGCCACUUGUAAUAGCAGACACAAGACGAAUAGGAGAUCAAGCCGAUAUUGGGAAAGAAAGAAAAGACGAAAACCAAAACCACACAGGGCAAAAUCACAUGGAAACUUCAUCAGCUAAUCAGGAGAGAAAGUCAAAGUCAUGUACAAUUCUAUAAAUACAUAUUUAUUGUUUAUGGUCUCCAAGCACAUAUUGCAAUUUAUACUUGAAAAUAAUUAUGACUUCUGAAAGAAAGUUGCUGAUAAUGAACUUUGUACUGUAAGUUAAUUAUUUGUUUUCUUGGGGUUUGGACAUUGUGACCAUGGUAUUGGUAUUUAUUUCUACUGAUAAUAUUAGUAUAAGAAGUACACUCUGAAAAUCUUACUAAAGUGUUGUGGCCUUAUUGUUCAGUGUUGUAAUAAAAAUAUAUUUUUUUAUGUGAAAACUGAAUUCAGACAUUGAAUAAUUUUUACUGAGCAAUUUUUACUUCUUUAUGAUUCCUUGAAACUAUUUUAAUGCAUGACAGUGUAUAUAUUUGUAACUUUUUUGCAUUGUUUAAAAAACACAAGCAAAAUUGUUUUCAUUGAGCAUAUCUUAAUAAAUCAUCUCUGUUGUGUUACACUCAUGGGAAUGAUAAUAGGAAUAAAAGUUGGAGGGGCACUUCCUCAGCUAUUAGUUAAAAAAUCAGGACAAAUUUAAAUUUGUUAACAACACUAAUUUUAUAAAUUGUCACUUCUAAGUGCUUAUGGAAGCAACGUUUAUUUACCAGGGUAAAUAAAUCAGUAUACAGCUGCUGAGGCCCAGUUUUGUAGAAAAACAUGUUAAUAGUUAUUUACGUUUCCUCUUUUUUUUUUGGAGCCAUUGGUUUGAAAUUUUUGCCUAUAUUAAGACCAAGUAUCCCAACUUUAAAUUUCUAGGCCUCUCUUUUUGUGACAGUCAAACAAGGCAAUGACAAAGGUAGAUCUGAUCACUUUGAUAUUCUCUUUAGAUGGAUGAUAGAUAGCGUGACCAAUACCAUCAAUCAUUGAGGUACAAAAUAUUAAGAAUAUUUGUGAUGACAUAGCAACUUCUAAUAAGAUACGGUUCUACUUAUGUCAUUGCCCUCCAUAGGAAAGACUAUGUACAUUAUGCAUAUGCAGUAUGCAUGAAGACUAUGCAAUAGGCUCUUUACAAUUAACCCCUUAGUGAUAGAAUAUUUCGUAUCUAUAUUGAAAUCCUUGUCAUUCACUAAGCAAUGGAAAAGAUACUCUAUUCAAUUCUUGCUCAAGUCCUAUACAUGGUACCACACAUCAGGUUAGGAUUUGAGAUGCAAUGACGACCUCCCGUGGUCCCAACUUUAAACGUACUUAAAGAUCACCAAAAUAGCUAAAAGGUAGUUUUAAAGGCAUUUGCACUGUGCCAAAGUAUUCCUCAGAGCCACAAUUUGUAGGACACAUCAAAAGAAAAAGCCCUCUUUUCUUCCAUUCCCCAGAUUUCUGCCUGGUUAGGGAGAAGAACCCAUUAGCAUGGAUUAUAGCUUUAUCCCAUCCUUUCCAAUCUAUGUGCAGACAUUGUGCAGAAUAGUGGUGCGCUUCUGCUUCCCUGUAGAUACCGCCACCGUCACUAUCAUACUACCUUCCUUAAUAAGGAAACAUUGUUCAGGGUAACUGGUUUUAUUUCUUUGGAAUGAAAAAUCUUGGCAGCAGGCCUCUAUACUGUCUUUUUUCCCCUCUAUUCCCAUUCAGGUAUCUUAAGGACAAAAGAUAGAGCUCAGUGGUCCUCCAAGUUGGUAUUGGGACCAGACUGGUUCUUAUCUGCCUCCCUACCCUAACAUGGGGAUUUUGAGGGGAAUUUUAAUUUUAUUAAUGAUGAAUCAGUGCAAUUUCUGAUGGCUUGGUUGUUACAAAUAUAGCACUACUCUUACAGAAGUGUUUAUGUACCCUUCUGCCCUCCUUCCCUCUUUUUCCCUGUCCCAUUCUCCCCCUCCCUCUCCCUUCUUUUUCUGUCUUUCUGUCUCUGUCUCUCCUCCUCCUCCUCUCCCUCUCUCUCUCUCUCUCUCUCUCUCUCUCUCUCUCUCUCUCUCUCUCUCUCUCUCUCUCUCUCACACACACACACACACACACACACACACAGAGUGGGAUUCCAAUGCAAGAAAAGAUCAGAGUGCCAAGAAACUCCAGUCAUUUUGGUUGAAAAAAGUUUCCUGUGUAUGAGACUAUUGAAAGGAUUACGUUAAAAACUUUGGUAAAAGAGAUCAGAAGGUUUAUGGCUAUGAAGUAGAAGUAACACGACUUUAUCAGAGGGAGAAACACAUGUAUGCCUUUCUCAGCUAUGCUUUGUAUUAAAGUAUAAUGAAAGCCAAGGUGUACCUCCAUUUUAAGAGUGCUAAUUGACUAAUGGUAGUAACAACACCAAGAAGAUUGUCAUUUCCUUUAGACUCUAAAGUAUGCUUGUACUAUAUUUGUCAUUUGAAUUUAGCUGAGUGUCUGACCUUUGAAAGAAAUUAACUUCAGGAAAAUGCAAGGCAAUAAAAAAAACUAUUAUGCUAGACGGUUACCUGGAGUUUUAGAACCAUUUCAGAAAUAACUUCCAACAGGAUGAAAAGAGAACAUUUGAACACAAAACUUAGAGAAACCAACUUGUGUUUGCAAUUUUUCUUUUUUUUUUCAAUGAUUAAGGAAGGUCAUUGUUAGAAUUAAUCCAACAUAAUUGUCAAAUCCUACUGAUUUCAAUAAUAAAAGGGCUUGCAUUUAUUAAUACUU